CUUCAAUCGACCUACUGUAUUUUUACUUGUUGCACUUUUUUAAGUAUUGACCUUGACAUAAGUCGAUAGUAUGUGAUGUCUCCUAGGUUGCUUUUUGGCUCAGUGAAACUAAGACAUCUUUGGAUGCUAGUUUUGGCAUAUGUUAUCUCGUUCAUUGUGGUGGAUCAUCAUAGCUUUUCGCUGAUACCAGUUUGGGCUUUACAUUUAAAAACUAAUAAAUAUGUUCCAGUUGAGUCAGAUGGAAAUUCUAGCAAUUUGUUUAGCACAGUUGUCGAGUACUCAUCACACAAUUGGAGCAUCUACUUGUCAGUUACUGUUCCUCAAUCAAAUAGUAGUUCUUCAUACGAUUUGGUCGUUUUCCAACUCCCUAUGUCAAAGUCACUUGAGUUUUCUGUUAUGGAUCCUGAUCGUAAAAUAGCUAAUUUUCUAAAUUUCCGAAAAAUACAGUCAAACAGUUUUAACCGAAAACCGGUCAGGUUGAAAUCUUUGUUUUAUAAAGGUAGUUUGAUCCAUGUGGUUGUAGAAUGUCGCAAAAUUAGCUCUCCAGUGAACUCUUAUGUUUUAUUUGAGAUUGCUGUGUACAAUAGUCAGCUUAGAGAGACAUGGAGGAGAGCUCUUUACCAAAUUCUACUGGAUGAGAACGCGCUAGACUUCAAAUCAGUUCCUAUCUCCUUAUCACUUGAUUUAACAUGCGGUUUGGUUUAUCCUAGACUUUGUGGGGUGAUCUUUGUCGGUUUCCUGACAAAUAAUAUCAGCUUAUCACAUUACUCUACCAUAUCCCUUUCAUUGGAUGAUGGGGAAAUACUUUGGCACCAUCUAGUUGGUGAUUUUGAAGAUUCGAUAAAAGCUUAUGAAAGUGAUUUAGUUUUGAAGAACUGGAAAAUACGCAUUUCGAAACAAUAUCUGUUUAGAACACAUAUUGAUGAAUCCCCGUGGACCGAAUUUACUGAAAGUCUCUCCCACAUUUUCCCUGUUCGUUGGUAUGGUGUGGGUAGUUGUGAAAUUCGCCUUGUAUAUGCAAAGAAACACUCAGAAUAUCCUGUAGAAAAGUCUCUGCGUACCCCAAAUGCAAUUGCUGUGAUCCAUCAAUCAGGUCUAGAUCUUCUAGAUUUAAAAUCUGGUCAUCCGCUUAUGACUAUUACUUUAAGAUGGAAGAUCGGAUCAACUUAUACUAUUCUCUCUACUCCGGUAUCUGAUGGUCUGAUUAGUCGCCAGCUUGGAUCGCCUACAAUUUAUGAACUACGAAUUGCUUCAGAAAUUACGGAUUCCCCAUCAAAUGGUUUGAAGAUAAAAGUGUAUUCUAGUUCUGACCAUGUUAAUUCAUCUCUGGAGAGUGACUUUUCACAUACUGUCGACUGUCAGGGUAUAUUCAUCCGUCACGAAUCUGCACCUAACAACUGGCAAGCAGUCAAAUCGUUUUACUCAAACGAAAUGAUUGCAAUUCAUUCAUCCACUUAUCAUGGUUUGUGUCGUCCUUUCAGAAUGUGGGAGUAUUCCAGACUAGGUAGAUCUAAUUGGCAAGAAGAUUCAAGAAAAUCUACUCCACCAGUUGUGGUGAAAAGACAUAUUCCAUUAUCAGGCUUAGCUAGAUUAUGGUAUUCGUUGAUGCAUGAUAAAUUUGAUGAAUUCAAUCAUUACGGUAUGAAUCAAGAUUUAAGCCAUACAAGUGAUCAUGAACAUCACGACAUUUACUUUUUAACUUCGGAUGGAAUUAUUACUUCUGUAUCGAACUAUGGGUAUGAAAACUGGCGCUUGCUGUCAUCUUACUUAAACAUCAUAUUCUCGAAAUAAAGUGUUUCUUCAGUUUGGUAGUAUUGUGGUGUAUACUACUUAUGUUGACAAAUGUAAGUAGUAUGUAACUGAUCAGAAGUGAAAUGCCUGGGAUCCGAAGGUUGAGAAGAUCGAAUUGAAGAAAACAGGAAUGUAAACAAGGAUUAAUUGUAGUGAAAACGAGAAUGAAGGAAAGAUGAAGCAUUAUGAAUCUUUUCCCCCAAAUUGACCAUUUGUUCUUGUUGCAUUCAAAUCAUUGUCUUCAAAAUUGUUUGUAGGUAAAUUCUGAAGUCUCCUGGUUACAAGUUUCACGAACCUUAGGAACACUUACGUCUCAUGGAGAGGAAAGAUCUGUUGAUAAGCAUUUAGAUGAUCUGUACAUAGAACACUUUCAUCCCUCGUUAACUACAAUCAAUCUUGCAUCUUUAGGACAAGGAUUUGUUCGUGAUCUUAGAGUAUUUUCCAAGAUAAAGCCUACAAUACCUACUAUGCCAUUAUUGGUUUCUACUGGAUGGGAUUCUGUUGGUGUUGUUGAUCGAACUAAUGGUAAAUUAUUGGCUGCUCAUCGACUCCCAACUCAACCAACUGGUCAACCAAUUGUUAUUUCACUUGCACUAUCCAAUACAACUAAAUUUUCAGAAGUUGUAAAUGUUCCUACUAUAUUGUUGGUUCCAUGUAAUGAUAUACUUGUUGGUUUUGUUUUAGUACAAAGUCUACGCAUAUGGCUUUUGAUACCUUUGAUAAUUAGUUUGACUGUAUCAUUCUUUGUGCUUACAUGGUGUUGUGAUUUGGAUGCAUAAACUGUUGAAAACUUAAAAUUAAUAUUAUUCUGUUUUUGAAUAGGUUUAGCUAAUUUUUUGUAUUUAUGAUUAUUGAUUAUCGGAUUUUAUGUGUCGAUAAAUUUUAAUUAGUACUAUUUGCCUCAACCAUCAUUACUUUAAGUUAGUGGGUCAACGCUGAUUUGGAUCUGUUAUUGUUAUAGUCUGUUGUAUUUCCUUCUAAUGUUCUCCUCAUUUGACUUCUCAUAUACUUGUGUAUUUUCUUAAUCGUGAUAAGAUCAUUUGUCACAUGGGAUGACAUAAAAAAUUUGAUAAGAUUUUCAUUUUUCAUUACUUAUAUCUUUAGUUUCCUUAAAUCAUAAUGAAUUGCAAUAUAAACAAUAAUGAACGUAAAAACGAGCAGCAGUAAGGUAAUUUGAAAUACUUUUUG